AUGAAGCAAACCGAGCACCACUCUCUGCUGGGCUUUGGAGCCUCCAUACGACGUCUGCUGGGCCUGUGGUGGUACGAGGGGCGAUGGGGGCGCAUCUGGUCAGCAGCGUCUGCGUCCGUGACGCUAUUCUGCCUCGCGCUGCUGCCGACUUUCUCGGCUCUCAAACUUAUCAUGGAUAUUCCGCCAGAGCUCGAAGAGAUCGCAUUAUGCUGUUUCGUUAUUUGUAUCUGCUCCGGAUUUCUGAUCAAGGCAGCGUUCUUCAUCUACCAAGGUGACUCUCUGAAACGGCUUCUGAAGCUUCUGUCCGACACCAGAAGAGUCUACAGGACCGACGAAAGCAAAGAGGAUAUACGACACUCUUACCUGAAGCUGUCACGGCGAGUUUCCCUGCAGUUUCAGUUUGCGUCGCUGCCGACACUCGCUGGUUGGGUCUCCACUCCACUACUUGCUCGCAUUUUUCUGAGUUCCGAGGAUGAUUCGAUUGAAUCAAAUAACCAGUUCCCAGUGCCUCUCUGGUUUCCCGGAAACAUGUACCUAACGCCCACCUACGAAAUACUCUAUGGUAUUCAAUCUUUCAGCAUAUUAGUAGCCACCCAGGUUACGAAAUUAAACGUGAAGGUCCAAGGAUAUAAACAUGAGGAAUGGAGACUUAAAAUUAAAAGAAAAAAUGAUGAAAUGAGUUUUCCAAGAAAUGAAAAUCCACCAUGUUCUACCCAUCCUUGGUCGGAAGAUGUCUCAGAAGAAAAAAUGUGUUUGCAGCUGGUGAAGAAUAUUCAGCAUCAUCAGGAGAUUAUCAAAUCUUUUCUCCUCCUGCAGAGCGCAAUGAAUGUGUCAAUCUUCACCCUUCUUUUUGUCAACAUGGCGGAUUUGUGUUCCUGUAUCUUCGUUACAGCCGUGCUGUUGCAGAGAGACGGGAACGUUACAAAAGCUUUGAAGCCAAUGCUGACAAUUCCACCGCUCCUGUACGAAACUGGCAUCUACUGCAUCUUCGGGCAGAUCAUAACUGAUCAGAGUGAAAAGCUGAUGGACUCCGCCAUCAGCAGUGGUUGGGUCGAUUGCGACGCUCGCUUCAAACAAGACCUCCUGUUCUUCCUCAUGGCCGCCAGCAAGCCUUUGGAGAUCACCGUGGGCAAGCUGAGCAAGCUGUCUAGGCAGAUGUUAGUGCAGGUGCUGAAUGGAUCGUAUGGUUUGCUGAAUUUGCUAUAUCAUUUUCAUAGUAACCAGUAA